AUGGCCAAGAUCCGGCAUACAAUCGCAGCUCUCGCAAUUGUUUCUCGCGUCAUGCUUGCCCUCAACGAGCAACUGCUGUUGGGAUGCGAGUUCUUCUCACUCACCGAAGGCAACUGUUCCGACUUGGUGGCCCAGGGUUUGGCCAUCCAGGAAGAAUUGGACGUGGCAUUCAUGUUAUGCGAGGGGUCUGAGGUGGAAGAGGUGUUCAAUGGCUUUGCAGUAACGCUGCGCAUGUUUCUUUCUCCUGACGGGGUCUUCUAUGUCCAUGCUGCAACACUACGGCCGGGUCGCCAUAGAAUACAUCUUCAAACUAACCACGUGCGUUUUCAGUGGCAAGCAGCCGCAAAGGAAUUAUCGUUGAAGAAGCGGCACUUUGGCACUGUUGGCGUAUUUGGUCAGGCGUGUGGUAAUGUGGACACCAUGGUUUGGCCACCCGGUGAAUGGUAUGUCCCGCGAGUGAAGGCGCAGCCUCAGCACUGCUUCCAGACGCCGCUUGCUCACCACUGUUGUCAACCCAUGCGUCCCCAGUGCUGGGGCUACAAUCAACUGCUCACUUUUGCCUGCUGCUCCGUGCCUUACGAAACGGCUUCCACCUCGACCUGUUUGGUGUCAAACCCUGUGUACCCGAACAAAAAUCAAGAUUGCCGAGGGCAGCCACUGAAUUUUUUUCGUGCCUUCGCAGAUGGAAAUGAGCUUAAAGUUAUUGUUGGAGGCAGAAUACUGAAGCAUUCGGACAUCAACGCUUCGUUGGCGACCGGCUGCCUGCUGCAGAGUGUGAUUUAUCUAUUUCAUGAACUUCACCAUCUCAGCCACAACGGAGAGUGGCUAGUUGCAAUUCCCGUGCAACGCCUCGUUGGCUAUGUGCGCCUGUUCCAGGAGCUUCUUGAGAGAUGCGAUUUGGAAGGACAGAUGUUCUACCACCUGACCGGGCUCCUUCCAGAGCAGAUGCUCUACUUGGUUUGGCUGUCAACUGGGAGGCGCUACCAUUGGUUGCUGGACACGCUGUCGUUGCCGGGUCGGCCGAUGGUCGUGGAUGUGGGUGCAGCUGGUGGCCUUGACAGUUCGCUGUAUUUGGCACUCGGUGCUCGAGUUGUGGCCUACGAGGCCAAUCUUUUCGCGUACAACUGCACGGCGAGCCGACUGGAGCCGGCACUUCGAAGGGGCCUUCUCCAGCUGCACAGUGCCAAGAUCAGCCGAGGACGAGGACACGAAGAAUUUGUGGGCUCAAUCCAUGCUUUGGACUUCGAGCGGGCUGGAGAAGCUGAGCUGCCCAAAUACACUGCGGACAGGUUCGCGAACACGGUGCAGCUGCUCGCCACGAGCUGUGCUGACAUUAUCGUUGAGCAGGGUACACCUUUUUACAUGAAGAUCGAUGUUGAAGACGCAACCAAAAUGUGUCUCGAUUCUUUGGGCGAAAUUGUGGAAACCUCCAGACCGGCACUCAUCUCGGCAGAGAUAGAGGACGAAACUGUGCUGAUGCGUUUGGCAGCAUUGGGCUACCAGAGCUUUAAAAUCGUGCGCCAGUCGCCUCACGGCUUUUUGAGAUCAACGGCUUCCGGUGCUUGCGCCCUUCAUGGUGCAAAACUGCUGAAGGAGAGUGCGACCGGCUUGUUCGGUGAUUUCGCAACUGAUUUGAUCACCGGAGCGGAAUGGCAAUCCUUCGCAGAUGCUUUGGACCUAUAUACGACAGUAGCAAACCCACAUGUUAGGUCGGCUGUGGCAGCAUGGUUUCCAUCUGCGAACUCCGAGUGGUAUGAUGUCCAUGCUCGACGCAUUGCUCCA